AUGGCCCACACGGGGCAGAGUUCCAAUGGCGCGAGCCUCGAGGACUGCCACACCAACUUUUUCGCCUUGGCGGACCUCAACGGCAUCAAAUGGCGAAGAUUCACUUCGAGCAGUCCAGCAACUUUGGCGCCAUUAGAAGAUGCGGUUUUGAGUUCUUAUGCGAAGUGUCUCUCGCACGGUCUUCUAUGCGCCUGGCGUCGUGUGGCACGAAGUGACCAUGCCGGACUCUUAUUGGAUCCCCCACCAAUGGGAGCUCCCGGUCAGCUUGCUAAGGAACUGUGGCUGUUCUGGUGUGGGGACGAGCCGGACACCAACGGUCUGCUCGCCUCUCACCUUGUAGAUCUCGAAAACGGCUCUUGGGAAAAUGGACUUUCGUACGAGACCAGGAAUCUACUGUUCAAGGCUUUGCACAACCUCGUUCAACGAUGUCUUCUGCAGCAAGGCUUCGUUCGACUCGGACGAUGGUUCCUGCAACCCACGGAAUGGCCCCAUCACCUCGGACGAACAGGGGGCAACAGGAGCGAAAAUAAACAGAACCAAAGUCCGGCGGGUGCUCGGUCGUCGGUGCCAUUGCAAAUCACUUUCGCGUUCAAUUUCUUCGUUCACGGAGAUUCGACCGUAUGUGUUGGAGUCGAUGUGCGACAGCAUCCCGCGAUUUUCCGUCUGACGCGGCAGCAUAUUGCGGCGGCCCAGCAGCAGAACGGUGGCAACAAUAAGGUGAUUUUGUGUCCGUUUGGCUUGCAAGGCACCUUGACGGGGACCAGCAGCAAAGAAACAGAUUCGAGCACCCUCCUGAACGAAUGGAAGGAGUUCUUCCCCUUCCCCAAGGACCUCAUCAGCAAUCAUGGUACUAAUGAAAACUGUCCACCGCCACCACCUCCAGCAUCGUCGACAGCGAGCCAUGGAGCGUCAGCCGGCGAGUCCCAAGCGGGUCCCGCCGGAGUGGGUCACAUUCCUGUCAUGGUGCAUGUUCAAGUUGGUUCUGUCCGGAUGAGAUAUCCGUCAGCGUACGUGUUUGUCACAGAAUCUGACGAGUUAGCGGCUCAGGCAGCGGCUCCUUCGAGUCAUUCACACGUCGUCCCGAUGCCAUCUCAGGCUCAAUCUGCGCACAAGUCUCUGCAAAAUAGUGUGUCGUCACAUCGUAGCAUUCUGAGCGCUGUUUUGGCUUCGAAAGACAAGCAAGACCAAGUAGCAGUAGACGAGCGAGCUGGUCAGCAGAGACUUGCGCUGAAGGCAUUGAAAGAAGAAAACCAUCAUGUGUCCUCAGCCGCCGCAUCGAGACUACCGACGGCGAUUCGCAGCAGAGCAUGGGUGGACGCCACAACCACGAUCGGUGGAGUGGGACAGUCGGAAGACAGCGUUUGGCAACUGAGGGAAGUUUCCUGCGCACAAGCUACAUGCGUCUGCUUCCGAUGUGUUCAGAACGGUCGCCGGGAGGACCGUGAGCGAAGAAAAGACCCGUCGAUGAAGUUGCCGUCGCUGAAGCCCGGUGCUUCGGGAAAUUUCCACAAGCGGCGGUCCACACACGACAUACCAUCAGCGCUUGACAGUAUAUUAUCAGCACGCCUAGGUCUCAAUAAUGGAGCCGCGAGUUUGGAUUUCGGAGACAAAAUGGGACCGCCUUCGAGCCAAUUGCCGGUCCCUUCGGUCGAGCCGAUGUCCGUGACGACCUCCAUGCCCCCAUCUGUGGAUCCUCCUUCGGGUGGGGAUCGCUUAGGACUACUUUCACCUCAUUCGAACCUUAUUCCGCCGCAUUUAGGCUCCGCGCUCGGCCAAGCUACCCCUAAGCAAGAACCCGGCACUUCGGGCCCGAAUGAUCCGAUCGGUGGCCAGCAGCUGCCACCGGGACAUUCUCCGGUCUCGACUCCCGAUAACACCCGACCCCUCAACACGCUCUCACCAACGACAGACGAAGGAGGGGGAGGCGGCGUGCAUCCAGUUCACAUUAAGCAAGAAGUGAUCACAUCAGCGCCUCCGAGCGUGGCCGGCGCGGAUUGCUCGACGCCGUCGACGCACGACGGCAAGGGUCAGGCCGAACAGCGACCCGAUCAGGCCGCUCCGUCCUCGGCUCAGGCGUCGAACCAGCAAACUUCCAAAAAAUCCUCAGGUUUCAAACGACCAAUAUUGCCGUGGGUCGCUCAUGAAGACGAUGUGUUCUCAUCCGCUGGUGCGGACUCCGCAUUGUACGAUUACUCAGACGUGUCUACUGCCCUAGUUUGGGACGCUCCACCUCCUGCGAAACGAAGAUUCCCCUUGCGUUUCCGUUCAUAUUUAGCUCCGAACAACGAUAGCCUCUACGGGAGUACGAAUCAUCCUUCUCAACAAUAUUGCCAGCAACAGAGCGAAGAGAAUCUAGGUAUCCUCAGUCAAGGAAGAGAUCGCGAAGGCGGCGCCGCGUUCAAGACGGAACAGACUGUUGACGAGAGCAUACAAGGUGUCGUCAGUCCUUCGGAGGUCACGAGUGCCGCGCUGACGCCCAUGUCCAGUGGUCCUCACUCAAACAAUCCGCCGACCCCUCGUCAGCAGCAGCAGCAGCAACUGCUCCAGAAUCAGCAUCCGCUACAACUCCAACAACACCCUCAUAGUACGUUCACCCGAGUCGAAGAUCUCAAAGCGACCGAAGUCGAUCUGGACAUUUUCGAGAUGUCGUCGUCGAGUGGUGGCAGCUCUCACGACAUCAGCAACGACGGGCUCUUCCAUGCACCUAAUGGAAAACCAGCUACUCCUCAACACGGAAGUACUGAAGACAUCCAUCGGAAAACCGCCGGUCUCAUGGAGCUCACGACAAUGUACCCGACUCCCCCAUCUCAGGAACACAACACGGCUCCAUCGCCUUGCAACGGGCCCGGAACUCCAGCCCCUCACGUCGGUGUCGAAGAAGAGCCUCUGGCCAGGUUUCCCAGGCUGUUGGAGAACUCCGAGAUCUCGGCGGUGCAUCGACCGAACGCGAUCAACAAACUCGUUUCCUCGGUCAUUUAUGCUCCGGUUUCGCCGUUGCCGUCAUCGUUACAACCAUCGCUCAAGGUUCCUACUGACUGCGUGUAUAAAUUGUCAUGGCAGUCUCGGGUCGGUGGAGGCGGUCCUAAUCGUCAGAAGCAGAACAAUUCAUCGUCGAGCGGCGCUGCUCCUGCGACAUCCACCGCUACCGGUCGAGAUGCCGGAAGCUCGCUCGCCGCCACUGCUGCCCAAAGACGCUUGCACGGUGAUCGGGAUCUUCCGCUGCGACCGAAUUCGGCUAUCAACGGCAACAUGCAGCCGCAGCAGCAGAGGGGCUGGAAUAAUGCGGACGGCAUGAACCGUCCCGCUCCUCCGUAUCCGCUUGGCUCGCCGGGAUACGGCACGGCCGCCUCCGUCAACAGUAACAUGAUGUCCCCCGUUGCCGGCAUCAUGACUCCUCACCACACGUUCGGGGCGUCGAGACCGUCGUCAGUCGAACCCUACCACGGCAACUCGGGACCUCCAUCGGUUGUCAGAGAACAGAGUCAGCCCGAGGUUUCGAGUCUGCUCGUGAAUCUGUUCUUGUCGGAUACGAUGCUCGAUGUAUUUCGUGACCAUAACUUUACCUCGUGCACGAUCUGCGUGUGCAAUAUGAACAUCAAAGGGGCAGACGUUCCGCUCUAUUUGCCAUGUCAAGUUCUAUCGGGGCCCGCAUUAAUCGGUUUUGAUGACGCACAAUUCAAAUGCUCUUGUGGAUUCAGCGCUGUGACCAAUCGCCAUCUGAGCUAUCAAGCGGGUUUGUUUUACGAAGAUGAAGUAGAGAUUACCGGUAUGCCGUACGAGGCGCCACCCCCCAAAGUGAAGUUCGGUCAGAAGCAAAACAAGGAACAAGCGAUGCUGGCAGAGAAGCGUCUGAUCGACUACGUGCAGCUGCAGUGUCUCGGGAUGAUGGAAUCUCCUUACUCGGUAUUGGCGAACGUAACCAAUUUCGCGAUCGAGCUCGCCUCGAAGACUCCGAAAAGUCCUCCGCCCAUGAACACGGUGGCUAGCAAGGUUUUCCGCAAAGACAGUCCUCUGCAAAGCGUUCAGCAGCUGACCGACAGUUGCCAAAUCACCGCCAUGGCCAUAGAGGCUGUGCUGGUAGGAGGACCUGCCGCCCUCACGCAAUCUGUAAAUCAGUGGUACAAUCGUCAGCCAAUGGACGAGGCUUCGAAACUGUCGCUGUUGCAUCGCUGGGCUUUCCUCCAGGUCGCAACGCCCCCCAAUCAUUCCACUGUCGUUAAACUCCUCCGGAGCCUCCAGCCAAUUCUCCAGGAUGGAGUGCACAACCAGCGAAAGGCACAGAAAGGCCCGUCGCAAAACAUGUGGGAGGUGACCUAUCGAGUUCUAGGACCACUCACCUGGCGACAGUUCCACCGUCUGGCUGGCAGGGGCACUGAGGACCAAUGCGAACCGCAGCCCAUACCGUCGCUCCUCGUCGGUUUCGAGAAGGACUGGCUCUCAUUAUCUCCGUUCGCACUGAAGUACUGGGACAAACUCCUCCUCGAGCCGUACGCAUCGCCCAGAGAUGUGGUGUACAUCGUUGUGUGUCCCGAUUCAGAUGCUCCGAUGCCGCACAUAAAAGCUUUCUUCCGCGACUUGAGCUGUAUCUACGAGUCGUAUAACUUGGGUAAACACUGCGCGAUGAGCAAAUCGUUCCGAGACGGCAUCCUCAAGGUCGGUCGCAACAGCCUCGACCGAAAGACGCCGCCGGGGAACGACGAGACCCCGGCCGAUGAUUGGUUCACAGAGGUGUUGAACCAAAUGGCCGGGGCUGAUGAUUCCAAGAGGAGACAUCUAGCUGUUCGACUGAAACUGUACGCACAAAUAUGCCGUCAUCAUCUGGCGCCGCACCUCGCUGCCCAGCAGCUUGACAAAAGUAUUCUGGAUCCUCCGCUGCAAGCGCAGGCACCCAAAUGUCAGCAACCGGCAGCUUCUCCCCGCGCACCAGCCACGCCGGACAACCCAGCUUCGGUGGGCUCGCAGCUUGACAAAUCGUCAAUGGUGGGCACGCCGACCAAGGACGACUCCGGCCAAGAAACCAGUGCGAACAACAUCGCCCUAAACCCAGAACAAAUGGCCCCAGGUCAGGCCGAGGUUCCCGGAAACAGUCCCCAUGCGAUGAUGCAAUCCCUGCAGAGUGGGUUGAAUGUCGAUGACAGCUCGGAACCCAAUAAUACUCCUAUGAUUGUAGUCUACGUCGUCGACCCCUUCACGUACACGAACAACUCGGACGGCGAAAUGCUGAAGACAUCGAUGAUAGCCCUCUAUCACUGCUACCAGCAAAUGCUGAAGACGCUACCGAACGAGAUUCGACAUAACAUCCAAUUGCAAGUUGUGCCGCUUGACUCGAUUCUGGCCGUUGAGCAGUGCUGUAGUCCUUCGAAGAAGCAUGAUCAACUCACACAAAUGGCCCUUUCCGUCUACUAUCAGAGUGGGCCUGUUCUUCCGCCGGCUAUCCCUCCAGGGCAAGUGAAGAGCUUAACUGGCAUGGGGCCUGCAGCGUCUCAGGACAGAUUCAUCAAGGAGAAAAUGCGGAAUCUCGCUGCUCCCGCCGGUCAAUCUGCUGUCCAAGGAACGCAGGUGACUAGAAACAACGGAUCCGCGGCCGCCGCCCCCGCUGCCGGCCCUGCUUGUGGUGUGGGUGGCGGUUCCUCGUCCGCUGUCCCUCCGGAAAACGACGUCAAGACAUGGAAUCCACCCUUCAUUCUAGCCCCCAUGAAAGAUAAGCAAACUGAGCUUGGCGAGAUGUUCGGCGAUCAUCGGGAGCGCUCGUCGAUUCUGUACUGUUCCUAUUGUCUCUCGGAGGACCAGCGAUGGCUUCUCGCCAGUGUGACCAAUGAAAAAGGAGAUCUUCUCCGUAACGCCUCAAUCAAUAUCGAAAUCCCGAAUCGGACGCGACGCAAGAAGGCGUCCGCGCGGCUCGUUGGACUCAACAAAUUGAUGGCAUUCGUGCUGAACGUCAUCUCGAACCACGGCGUUCGGCCAUGGAGACUUGUGAUUGGUCGCCUCGGCCGAAUCGGUCACGGUGAACUCAAAGAAUGGGCUCAGCUGUUGUCGCGAAAGUCGUUGUUGAGAUACUCCAGAUACCUCCGUGAAGAAUGUCAGCAGUGUGGCGUUCUGACCUCUCCGCUGGACGUGCCGUGCAUCCUGAGUGCAUGUUUGGUCUCGCUCGAAGCGGACACCUGCCUCCAAGUGUUCGCCGAUCAAUACACUCCCGAGGAGCGGAUCUCCACCAACGCUCAGAGGUGCGAGUUGUCUACUCCUCAAGACGCCACCUGUACGCACAUUCUAGUGUUUCCAACAUCCGCGACAGCCCAAAGCUCGCAAGCGACGUUCAAUCAUUUCGGCCACGAUCCUGGCAUCGAGAUCGGGGAGGACGACGAGUUCUUCAACUCGAUCAGACAGGACAUCGAAGGGGGAGAAAAUUUCGACGACAUGAUAUUCAAUCUCGACUCGUCACCCGAGGGGGUCGGCGCAGGCGGCGAUGAAAACGCGACAGGUCGCUCGAAGAGUCCGAACAACGAUCCGAUCAUGGCCAGUAUCAUGAUGGGGGGAUCGACGGGAGGCAUGCUGAACGGACCCCCGGGCUCUAUGACCAUGGGCAGUAAUCCGGCAGCAAUCGGCAAUGUCAAUAAUCCUGCGGGUCGCAGUGGACACGGCGAGUUCCUCCUCGGUGGGGAGGAGCCGAUGCAACUUCUACAACAGCCUCUGGCACUCGGGUAUUUCGUGUCAACUGCUCCCGCGGGUAAUCUGCCGAAGUGGUUCUGGUCGUCGUGUCCUCAGCUCGAGAGUGCCAGUCCAGUUUUCCUCAAGAGUGCUCUGUUACUCCAUUCGUCGAUGAUCCAUCAAAAUCAAGAUGACAUUUUGCAUGGGAACCAAAGGAACGGACAUCCUCUAGAUUCGAAUCUCACCACGGAUGUUUUACGUUAUGUUCUCGAGGGAUACAACGCACUUUCAUGGCUUCAACUCAGCCCGACGACUCAUGACCGGAGUUCGUGUUUACCGGUUCACGUUCAGAAUCUUCUACGGUUGUAUCAUGCCUUACACGCUCUCAUCUAGAGAAAGUCUGUUAGAAGUGAUUUGAAAAGUUGACUGUUGAUUGAUAUACAUCGCGUGGAGGAAAGAUCGAUGUGAGUCUGCAACUCAG